AUGAAAAGUAGUAGCAAUAAUAAUGAUAAAAAUACCUUGAAUGGUUGGCUUCAAGCUGGAGCCAAAAGCAAAACGGAAGUUCAGAAAAAUAGAGCGAUUGCGCAAGAAGCACGAAAAAAUUCCAAGAGCAGCAAAAGCAUGACGCAAGCCUAUCGAACGGCCAAGGAAAACGUCAAGAAUGGAGGAGGACUGCUGGCCAGUCAGAACAGCAAGAGAAAAAAGGCUGCUGCCGUGGUGUCCAAAAAGAAGACAAAUAAGAAGACAAAGAAGAAGGAAUGGGAAGAGGAUGACGAAUCGGAUGACGAGCUGUCCUUUGUGGAAGUAGAAUCAUCGGAUGAAGAAGCAAGUUUUGUGGAGGAAGACGACGACGAUGAUGAAGACAGUGAAGAGGAGGCGGUCUCGUAUGCGGAAAGUGAUGAGGAGGAGGAUGAUGCUGAUGCUGAUGAAGAAGACUUGCAAUCGCCUUCUCCCACUCCCAAAAAGCGCAAAGGCGUGGCAUCAUCAUCAGCAGCAGUGGAGGAAGAUGAUGGUAGUGACAGUGAUUCGGACAGUGACACUGGACUCUUAGCGUCGUCCCAUACCAAGCAUCGGGCCAGCAAACCAUCUGCUGCCUUGAAGCGGGCAUCUCAAGCUUCCAAGAAUCGACACAAUCCUAGCUUGGAAUAUUUAGCCAUGGACAAACUAAAGGCGCCACCGGCAAUCAAAAAGACAAAAGCAAAACCCAAGAAGAAACGGAUUCACGAUGAUUCGGAUAGCGACGACGACGACGACGACGAUGAUGAUGAUCUCCUCCAAACGCCUCCCAUUCGAAACAAAAACUCGAAAUACUUUCAGCGUGCCAAAAAUACCAAGCCAGACAGUCAUGAGGAGGAGGAGGAGGAUUCCAAGAAACCAGCGCCCUCCCAUAAAUCAAAACGACCGGCUCCUUUUGAGGAUGGCAGCAGCAGCAGCAGUAUUGAAGAAGAAGACGAUAUCGUGCCGAACAAACGCAAGCGCAGCUCCAUGGAUAGUCUAGCAUCAGUGAAAUCUUCUUCUACUUCUGGUGGUGAAGAAAAGAAGGAAGAAGAAGAAGAUGAUGACAUUUGGAUGACGGAAGAUUCUCCAGCCGCUCCAACCACCAAGUUUUCCAAGCUUCAGAAGAAAAAGAAGACGAAGAAAAAGUCCAAGACGAGCCACAAGAAUAAUCCUUUUGCAAAAUUUAGUAAUUCCGCUAACGAUGAAACGAUGGACUUUGACGAUGCCAAUGGUGAUAAAGAAGCAGAAGACCUUGCCAUGGCUGUGGCACUUUCCAACAGCAUGAAGGAUGCAAAAAGUACUCAAAAGACGAAGAAGAAGAAAAGCAAAACAAUCAUUGAUAUUAGUGAUGACGACGACGACGAGCCAAUUUUCAAAGAGGAUGAUGAAGACGAAGAGUCGGAUGGCGAGGAGGAGGAGGAUGUCAAUGACGAAGGAUACGAUGAAGAAAAGGAGGCAGCCACCAAUGUCUUGCAAACGGCCGAAGGCUUGAGUGCCAAAGUUUUGCAAACCAUGAGGACUUGGAUGUCUUCCACGCAAGAUGAAAAUGACGAUGCCCACAAGGGUAUGAUUAUUGAAGAUGGUGCGCUGGCAUUAGGUGGUGUCGAUGGAGUAGACGACAAUGGCAAUAGUACCAAUGACAGUACUAGCAAAUCCAAAGAAUGGAUCAGCAACGAGUACAUGCAACAAGUUUUGCCCCAAGCAAAGUUGUCCAAAUACCAACUCAUUGGUGUCAAUUGGAUGGCCCUUUUGCACACCAUGGAGUGCAAGAUUACCAAUCGCCGAAACUCCAAGGCAAAAACCACCAAUGUCAAUGGAAUCUUGGCCGACGAAAUGGGCCUUGGCAAGACGGUACAAACCAUUGCCUUUUUGGCCUAUCUUCGACACCAAAAGUUAUUUCCUGGUGAUGAUGGUGGCGGUGGUGAUGAUGGUGGUGGUGAUGAUGAUGGUGGUGAUAACAAUACUACCACUACGACGACGACUACAACUACCAAGGCAGCUACGGAAGCACAUGCACCCCAUUUGAUCAUUGUCCCAGUUUCGGUCCUUCCCAAUUGGGUCCGAGAAUUUGAAAAGUUUGCCCCGGAAAUGAAUGUGGUCAAGUACCAUGGCAGUCAAGCCGAACGACAAGAACUCCAAAACGACCUUCGCAAAUAUUUACCAAAGAAGAAAAAGACUUUGGAGAACAUUCGAAAUAAGAAAUGGGCGCAGCAAUUGGACGACGCUUCCGCCGGCACGGAUCGAUUGGAUGUUAUUUUGGCGCCCGUGACCUACUUUCAAAAGGAAAAGUCGGACGAUCGCAAAUUUCUCAACAAGUUCAAUUUUGAUUACAUGGUAGUCGACGAAGCCCACAUGCUCAAGAAUUCUCAAUCCAUUCGUUACAAAAUGUUGGAUCGUAUGGUAUCGAGCCAUCGAUUGUUGUUGACUGGGACUCCCGUACAAAAUUCUCCACAAGAAUUAUUGAAUAUGCUGUGUUUCAUCAUGCCGCUCUUUUCGCAAGGCGGUGGCGGAGAUCCAUUCGACGAUGAAGGUGGCAACAACAAUGCUACCGUGAGCGAACGAAUGUUGCAGCACUUUGUCGAGAGCAAGACAAUGGAGGAAGGAGACGAAGAAAUGGCCUACAAGAAACUAAAGAGACUCUUUGCUCCCUUUGUCCUUCGCCGCAAAAAGUCCGACGUCAUUGCUCAGCUGUUGCCACCCAAGGAACAAGUGGUAGAGUAUGUGACCUUGGACGACGAAGCUCGUUCGAUCUAUGAGAAUAUAUUGGCGGCGCAUGUCAACAAAAAUGGCUCUAAAAUUUCGGCUGCCAUUGGGGAUCAUUUGUUUACCAAUUUGCGCAAGGCCGCCAACCAUCCCUUGUUGUUGAGAACACGACAUACCUCUCGUAGCGAAAUCUCGCACAUGGCGGAACACUUUCACAAGUACGGAGCCUUCAAGGGAGAAGGUUCCACCAGGGAACGUGUCCAGGAAGAAUUGACCAAAUUUAACGAUUUCCACAUUCACUUGACCGCCUUGGAAUUGCUGGAUGAGAAUCCGCACCGUCGCAACGAAUUGGAUCGAUACGUUCUGCCCACGAGCGCCCUCUUUUCCUCGGCCAAGUUUUCCCGUCUCCAGACCCUCUUGCCCUCAUUGAUUGCAAAAGGUCAUAGGAUUUUGAUCUUUUCGGUUUGGACCAGCUGUUUGGAUUUGCUGGGUUGCCUCGUGGAACAUUUGGGUUUGGAUUAUUUACGAAUGGAUGGAAGCUGUCCGGCCAAUGACCGACAAGAUUUGAUUGACCGCUUCAAUCAAGAUUCCUCCAUUUCCAUCUUUUUGCUUUCCACCAAAGCUUGUGGUUUGGGCAUCAACUUGACUUCCGCGGAUACUUGCAUCAUUCACGAUUUGGACUUUAAUCCAUUCAAUGACUUGCAAGCAGAAGAUCGAUGCCAUCGCAUUGGACAAAAGAAAAAGGUAACCGUGUACAAGAUGGUAACCAAAGAAACGGUGGAUGCUGACAUUUACACCAUGCAAGAACGCAAGGCCAAAAUGAAUGCCGCCAUUAUGGAAUCGAAGAAUGACAAGAAGGAGCGACGGGAAAUGCUCAACAAGGAGGUUCAAAGAUUCCUUGGUAGUCCCAAAGCGGAGGCAUCCAAAACGACUACUGACACAAAGAAGAAGAACGGAAAGAAGAUUGAAAUCAUUGACAUCAUUUAG